AAACAUGGCGGUACUGCAUGCCAUACGAUUUUCUUUACAAUUUGCAGAUCAACAUGCAGUACGAAAAAUCAUUACGUGUGUAGGCCGCAUUAGUGGUGUCAGAAGCAGAUUGAUAAAAUCCAGAUAAUAAUAAAACAUUACCAACCCAUCCGGCUUUCCGCGUAUAUCCAACUUGGUUUGCCUUCCCUUGAUUACCUGAACUUAUCUAGAAAUGACUCAACAAUCAACAGACUGAUUUAAUUGAACUGUUGCGUUGUGAAUUACAAAAAUAUCAAUCAUUUAUAGGUAUAUGUUGCUUGAGAUUUCUGUGGAAUAAGUCAUACGUUUCUGGAAUGUCUUGUAACCUCAUUCUACAAGAUUUUGGAGGCACCUGCGAUCCCGGAAGCAGCAUAUCUGGAUAUGUGGUUUGUACAUUUCAGUCCAACAAAAAUAUUCGAGGAUUGAAAGUGAAAGUUAGAGGUAAAGAAUAUACUGCAUGGAAUGAAAGCGAAAGCUACACUGAAAACGGGGAAUCGAAAACUAGAGAUGUUUCCUACAGCGGCCAUAACACAUUUUUGAGAAUCGAUAUCGUGCUUCUUGGAGAAAGCACUAUGGUUCCAGGCCGAUACGAAUAUCCAUUCACCUUCACCUUACCAACAAAUUUGCCAAGCAAUUACGAAGGAAUUUACGGCCAUGUCAAAUACUCCAUCAAAGCCACUGUAGACUUGCCAUUUGCAAUGGAUUAUGAAGAGAUACGAUAUUUUAAUGUGAACGCACGCAUAGACUUCAACCAAAUCAGAUCAGAAUUGCCCCUGGCACCAAUUUCAUACCAAGAUGAGAAAAUAAUUUGCUGUUGUUGCUGCGCUAGUGGUCCAAUCACCCUCGAUGUGCAUCUGCAGAAAGAAGCAUUUGUUUUAGGUGAAGUAGCCAGGAUCCGAAUUGUGGUAUCAAAUUUAUCCAACGAGAAUAUUCAGGGAAUGAAUGUGACACUGAUAGGCAACUUUCAGACUAUUAUUUCCAUCGUGACAAUUCCUAGUACCAAAGAGAGGGCUGAAUCUGUACUUUUAGCUUCAACUAGUGACACUGGAGUAGGAGCGCAUGGAGAGAGAACUUACGAUCUUGAAUUGCAGAUACCAACGUCAGCAGUUGUUUAUAACUUCAAACAAUGUACUUUGUUUCAACAGAAAUUCAUUCUCAAGAUCGAGGCCCGCAUAGGAGGUUGUCACACGAACAUGGAUGUCAAAACCUACGUGAUGCUAGGACAUAUACCACUUGAUGACAUCCAAAAUCAAUCAAUACAGAACACUCCCUACUCUCAAUCGGAGAUGUCAACAGUUUCAUUGUUACCACCACCAAUAUGUACACCUACCAAUUAUGAUCCGCCGUACUCUUUAUCAGACAAAACGUCGCCUUAUCCGAUUGCUGCCCAAAUUGGAUUCAACUUGCCUCCAGGUUCCAACGGAUUGCAGCCGGUACCUGUUCAUGGUGCAGGCCCAUACCCUCCAGCAUCAAGUUCUUCGGCAGCUGUAGCUAGCGCUCCUCCGAAAGAGUCUGUUCCUUCGGCACCUUCUGAGGCAGAGAUGGCGAAAGGAGAUGAAUCUCUUGUUUUGAAUGAUCCUUCAAGUAAAUUAUCAGACCCUCCUCCACCAACAUAUAGCGAUGCUGUUCGAGCUCCAUCUUCUGAAUCUGAUUCUGCUUGGGUAAACUUCCACUAAAGCCCAGUACACACUUUGGAAAGCAUCUCUUCAAUACAAUAGAUGUUGUUUUAUACAUUUCAUUUUUAUAUUUGACAGAAUCUUGUCUGGAAAGUUGUCUUGUUUUUUGUGUUUCGUAAUGAAGAAAAUAUGGAUUGACCUCAAUGUACUUCAACUGAUAGAAAUAAUCUUCAAGACUUCCAAAUAUACCACAAAUAAAUCGUAUUUUUUUUAAGAAUA